AUGUCAAAGACUUACAUGGAUAGCGGAAAUUGUGAGCAGGAAGCAAAAUAUGCUAAACAAUGUAGACGUACACUGAUCCCACUGAUUGUGAUGAAGGAAUUUCGUCCUACAGGUUGGCUGGGUUUUCUAACGGCGGAUUUAAAAUAUAUUGAUUUUACAAGGCAUCCGUUUUAUCUGGCAAUGCCAAUGCUUUUAGAAGAAAUUGAAGCUUACAGACAGAAGAAGACAACAGCAGUAGCUGCUUCAGACCAACUGAAUAUCGUUUAA